CACAACUAUUUGUUUACUUGUGUGUCAUCGCUUCGAAAAUAUGAGGGCGUAAACGGUGGAAAGUUUUGUGAAUCCUGAAGAAAAUGGCUAAAUUUCUGUACUUGUUUGUGGGGAAAACGUUGAAAGAAAAGCUUCGCCAUUCCGUGCGCAAUCUAGUGAACACGCUCUUUCCGGUGGCGUUCCUCCUGGCCGUGGUGCUACUGCGACCGCGGUUGACUGCAGUGGACGAAAGCAGGGAAAUCAAUCUAAAUCAGAACGAACUGGUGAACUAUUUCCCAGGAGAGGCUAUCAAUAAAGUUUACUACACACCAAACACGACAUUAAUCGAGGGACUCAUCGAGGAAGUGCGUCUCACGCUGUCUAUUAACUAUGAAAGAGUUGAACCAUUCAGCAGCGACAGCGAACUCGAACGCGCCUUACUAAACAAUGCGAACCUUUGCUUCGGCAUCAGCUUUCACAAUGCGUCCCUGGAAGGUCGCUUACGGUACACGAUUCGCACGAAAAAUAACAAUUUUCGCACUGAUGUCAUCUACUCGCGGGAUGUUUUCGGUAGUUACUCGAAGCGGGACAACGAAUACAUCGAAAGCGGUUUCUUGGCCCUUCAGAAUGCAAUCGAUCGUGCAUUCAUAGCACGUGUCACGUUGACCGGAAAUGCCGAACGUGACAAGGUAACGCUACAGUACGGUCACGUUCCUCUGCUGACGGGCCAGGGCCCCCAGGAAGCGGCACGGGUGACGGUAGCGCUUGGGUUGCUGUCGGUGUGCUUCACCGUUUGUAGCACCUACCUUCUGUUGUUACCGUUGGUUGAGGAGCGGGCAUGUGGAAUGAACGAGCAUUUAAAGCUGGCAUGCCUGGAAAGCUACUGGAAUGAGCUGGCCAUCUUUUUAGUAAAUUUUGCGCACUUUUUUGCCAUUAUGGCCAUCUGCAUUGUGAUAGGAGCGUUCGGAGGCAUCUGGGACACCAAUCCGGCUCAGAUAAUCUACUUAACCAUCUUAAUCAUCGUGUUUCUGGUUGAUCUCAUAACGUAUACCUUCCUGAUGAGCGCCACCUUAGAAUCAGCCACGAUCGCAUCUGCGAUUGCGCCAGUUUGCUACUUUGCCCCCGUUCUGCUUACUUUAAUUCGUGGCGAGCUGGCCCCCUUUUUCGUUAUCUUUCCCGUGAAUGGACUGCUGUACGGUGCCUCAGUUUUUCAUAACUUCAAAUCGUCUGGGCACAGCUUUGAGGCGGGUGACCUGUUCACAACCGGCUAUCCCGGCAUGGAGGAGCUCAGUCUGUUCGGUUUGCUGAACUGCAUGAUAGUAGGCUGCAUUCUGUGGGGUUUCUUAUGGUUCUACGUAACGAACGUCUUCCCUGGUCGUUACGGUACGCCGAAAUCGAAAUCUUUUUUCCUUUCGCGAAAAUACUGGAGCCGAUUACGGGGUAUGGUUUGUGGGACGAAUUCAAACCGGGUCAGCAUUACUAGCUUUCAAAACCCGACAAAUGCAAGAACGGAAGCGGGAACAUUGGAGGAGAUUAGUUUGCGUCAGCAAGCGACUGCUCAUACUGCUACGGGUCCGGGUCCGCUGGAAGAGCGAGCUGGUGCACACAUGGAAAAACUGGUCAGCAUUUCGAACCUCAAUAAGGUCUACAAAAGUCGUUCAUCCGGUGCUGGUGCUAAGGUGGCGGUGAAGGAUUUUUCACUGUCCAUUUACGGCCACAGCAUUACGGUACUGCUGGGACACAACGGUGCGGGUAAAACGACGACCAUGAACAUCAUCACCGGUAUGGUGGCCCGCACGUCCGGCACAAUCACCGUGGACGGUGAAUAUGAUCCCGAUCGUUACCGGCAGCAGAUAGGAUUCUGUCCGCAGCACAACGUAUCCUUUCCGUAUCUGAACUGCCGCGAGCAUUUAGAAUUCUUCGGGCGGUUACGAGGAAUGGAAGUGGCCGAGGCGCGCCAGGAAGCAGAACGCAUUCUGGAAAAGGUUAAUUUGCUCGAAAAAGCCGAUUGUAAGAUACCUGCCCUUUCUGGUGGCAUGAAACGACGCCUUAAUCUGGCCAAUGCCAUCAUUGGCCGAACCAAGCUGCUCAUACUGGAUGAACCAACCUCCGGGUUGGAUCCGGAGUCGAGGCGUGACAUCUGGGAUGUGCUGUUACGAUUGCGACAGGAUCACACCAUCCUCCUUACGACACACUUCAUGGAGGAAGCUGACAUGCUGGGCGAUUGGAUUGCAAUCAUGGAGUACGGUGAGCUGGUGGCGUUCGGUUCGCCAAUGUUCCUCAAACAGCAGUACGGUAAGGGUUACACAUUGAAGUUUUUGAAACGCGCCACUGGCCUGGAUUGGCAAGCGACACUCGGAUUGAUACGACAAUACGUCCCGGAUGCCAUCGAGCGCAGUGCGGUACAGCAAGUCUGUGCCGUCACGCUGCCGUACGGGGCCGUGGAGAAGUAUUCCGAUUUGCUGAAGGAACUGGAACAGCAAAAGGAACGAUUGGGCAUUGAAGCAAUCAGCAUUAAUAA